UUGUUUUGUUCCAUAUCCAUUUUUUUAGAUCAACUAGGUCUAUUUGAAACUAUUAAAAGAAAAUGUUUAAAAAUACAUUUCAAUCGGGGUUUCUUUCGAUUUUGUAUAGUAUUGGAAGUAAACCUUUGCAAAUAUGGGACAAAAAAGUUCGUAAUGGACAUAUUAAGCGCAUUACUGAUAAUGAUAUUCAGAGCUUAGUGUUAGAAAUUGUAGGCACUAAUGUAAGCACCACUUUUGUGACUUGUCCUGCAGAUCCGAAAAAGACAUUAGGAAUAAAACUGCCUUAUUUAGUUAUGAUAAUAAAAAAUUUGAAGAAGUACUUUACAUUUGAAGUGCAAGUUCUAGACGACAAAAAUGUGCGGCGAAGAUUUCGCGCAAGUAAUUACCAGUCAACAACCCGUGUUAAACCUUUUAUAUGUACCAUGCCAAUGCGACUCGAUGAAGGUUGGAAUCAAAUACAAUUCAAUCUUUCAGAUUUUACAAGACGUGCAUAUGGAACAAAUUAUGUGGAAACUUUACGCGUACAAAUACAUGCGAACUGUAGAAUAAGAAGAGUUUAUUUUUCUGAUCGACUUUAUUCGGAAGAGGAGCUUCCACCGGAGUUCAAACUUUUUCUGCCAAUUCAAAAGCCUCAAAAAUCAACGCAUACAAUUUUCAGUUGAGUCGAUGAACUCGUUAUGUGCUAUAUAAUAUACCAGCAAUGAAGAGAGUUAAAUCGCAAGGAUGCCACUAUUGGAGGUUAUUAAGCCAAUAAACAAACAAAAAAAAUAA